AUGGUUGAUGCAACGUCUCCCCCCGGCGUCAACGCAGUGGUGAAUUACUACGUGCCCAACAGCGAUGGGUCUCCGCCUGCCACCAACGACAUGGCCGUCAUGCUGGGCCAAAAGGACAUGAUUUCCCACAAAAUGCGAAUCCGCGAUCUGCGCCCUUACAAGGAGGAGUAUUCGCUGGAUCGCAACGGCUUCCAGUACGCGACGAUCCACUCCACGCUUACGGAUGCCACCGACGAGACCCAGAUCAAAGAGGUCUACUACCGAGAGAUUGAGAAACUGGUCCAAGAUAUCACCGGGGCCAAGCGGGUGCUUGCCUUCCACCAUGCAGUGCGCACCCGCACCGGCAACGAGUUCGGCGAGCAGAUCAAAGACCGCUACCAGGGCGUCGAGGGGCCCGCGUAUCGCGUACACAUUGACCAGACCCCCCAGGGCGCGCUCAGCAUCGUGCAGUUUAUGUUUCCCGAUCUCGCGGACGAUGUCCGCAACGGCAGUUUCCAGGUGAUCAACGUUUGGCGCCCGUUGACGCGGGUGCAGCGUGACCCCCUGAUGGUGGCUGAUGCGGCCGAGAUGCCGCCCGAGGACCUGCUUCUAAUCAGCCGGAAGUAUUACAACGGGCUGCAUUCGUCCAACUUUGUCAUUAAGUAUGAUGGUCGAAUGGCGGCUGGGGAGGGCCCGACGGAUGGGCUGAGCGGUGAUGGAAAGCAUAGCUGGUGGUAUAUCGGGGACCAGGAGCCCACCGAAGCGUUGGUUUUCUCCUCAUCUGGCUUCCGCAAUGGAAAGGCGAUCAUCGGCACGGCACAUGACCUUUACUCGGCAGAACCAAUGAUAAAUGCAUAUGAACGCAAGAAUGCUAGCUCAUUAUAUGGCCAUGAUGAGUCCCAGAUAUAGAACUUGUUCAUCUAUUGACGCUCUGACGUCAACGGAGUGACGCAAGAGGGGACAGCUCGUGCAUGACCAAUGCUAGCUGAUGCUCUAGACGAUUUGUUUCUCUAUUCGGAUAUUGAUCUAUGCAAUUUCCCGUUACCAUUCACCGACGACAUCGCCGGGCCGCCUCGUGCGCAUUCCGCGCGGAGCUGCGUAAGAAAACCGCAUCACAGAAGGAACACCGCAGCUUCGCCGAUUCCCCCCUUCGCUCCCGC